AUGCCCGCUUACUCGCUGCUCCCCCUAUCCGGCCUUCGGUCCUCCUCUCGACGGCAUCGCAUCAUCCUCGCGUUGAUGACCACCUCUGCUCUGCUCCUCGCGACCAUCUACCUCCAGACCGACCGCCUAAUCACAUUUCCUCUAUUACCACCCCAGCGCGCUCCAAUCCACAACGAUCUCGACCCCGAAGUUGGUCUCGGCGCAAACCACGACACGCCCAGACUGUGGGCGUACGUCUACGAGCAGGACCAUGGAGAGGCCAGGGCAGAUGCCUGGGAAUGGGUAGCAAAGCAGCGGGUGGAGGGGUACAGGCGGCCGAGCUGGGGUGGACUGAGGCAGCAGGGUCCCAAGGCGCACGUGAGGGAUAAUCUGAAAGAUGGGGAGUUGUACAUCACCACCUUUCCAGAAGCAGGGUUCAACAACGAAGUCAUAGAAACAUGCAAUCUCAUCGCUGUAGCCCUUCGCUCCAAUCGCAUACCCAUCCUCUCACCUCUCCUCCCUGACUACCUCCACCUCAAGGACGAACGCGAGGCCUUUCUGAGCGUCACCGAGAUCUUUGACUUUACCGACUUUAUCGCGCGAUACAAUGUACCGGUUAUCGACAUGAUGGAGCUCAAAGUGGGCCAGCAGGAUUGGAUCCCAAUAGCUGGGCGACACCGCUCAGUCGUCUUUGACGGGGAGCAUCCUCAAGGGUCGGCGGGCGGGAGAGACGGGCUUACAAUAGGGGACUUGAUCCGCGGGGAAGAGGCAGAGCUGGAGGAGCUAAAGUGUUGGAAUACGUAUCUCGCGGUGGAUGAUGACCGGGGAGAGUGCGUCAGUGCACUAUGGCCGGUCACCUUUGAGGACACUCCCCUCCCCCUGUCCGCCUACGCCAACAAGUCCCACAACCUCGUUAACGAGAUAUCCCUCCCUCGCACCGCUCACGCCGUCGCUGCAUAUUCCAAGCAAGGCGAUCUGCUCCCUGACGACUCUAUCGCCAGGAUGGCACAGCUCGGCCUCAAACCUUCAACUAUGGUCCCAAACGACCCAUUCGGGUGUAUCCACCGGGCGUACUAUCUCCAUAUGAACCCAGAGAUCGAGGAUGUACAUGAUGAUUGGCGGAACGGGAUUGGGGCGUGGGACGAGGUGGGGCGAUAUCUCAAGUUCCAGCCGGGAUUGGUUAGGCUGGCUGAGGAUCUGACGAGGUCAUUGUUGGAUGUCCAGGCGGGAGAGGAGAUCCCACCUUACUUGGCGAUCCAUAUCCGGAGAACAGGCCACUUCAAUGCCACUCAACGUCAAUGGGCACAUCAAGCCUGGACCCUGCGACGACAGGCAGCAACGCAGCACAACAUACACGUGGAGCAUAUCGUCUUCACCACGGAUGAGGAGAACGAGACCUGGUUGAAAGAGCUCCGUGAUCUGGGCUGGAUACAUGUCGACCACAAGAAGGCGCAGACUGGUGAACGGCUGGGAGGAUGGUUCCCGACCAUACUCGACUCCGUCAUCCUUUCGUCGGCCAAGAUCUUCCUCGGCGUGCCGACCAGUACAAUGAGCAUCCUACCCUACCGGAGAGUUCUGGACUGGAACGGCGGGGUCGCACAGUUCGUGACUGCUCUCGAGGAUGCUUGGAAGUAUGAGGUACCUCCAGAGUGGGAGUGGACAGAUGAGUCAUGA